GGUUGCGGAUGCUGGGCUUUUCGCAUCUGAUGAUUUGGCCAGCUUCUGUUUUGUGACGGUGAAAGACAGGCCCAAGGACUGCGGUCGAUCCGCCCAUCACCCAGAAGAACUUUGAGAAUGCCGAGCUCGUGCAAGGAAAUAAGAGCCGCGCUGGCGCAGUGCCUGCAAGAGUCGGACUGCAUCAUGGUACAGCGGCAUACGGCGGCCGAUUGCCUGCGCUCCCCGCUGGCCGAGACGCUGCCGACAAAGUGCCAGCAGCUCAAGAAGGGGUUCGGCGACUGCCGCCGUGGCAUGAUCGACAUGCGCCUGCGCUUCCGCGGGAACCAGCCCGUCACGUUCAAGACGCUCGAAGAUACGGAAGAAGCCGGCAAGGGGUACCAGCUCUACGCCGGUAAGAGCGCCUUCGCCGGCGCCAAUGGCAAGGAGACAAGCGGCAACGAAAAGGAGCCCGAGGAUUGGAGGGAGGCCGAGAACCGCAAGUACAGGCAGCAGCUCGAAAAGCUGCAGCAGAAGGACGGCCAGAGCAAGAAGGCAUGACAGCGGCCAGCACCAUUCUAUAUAAUUCGCCUGCCACCGGCAGCAUCUCUUAUCAUAUCUGUGCCAAAGCAGGCCAGGCCACAUAUGAUGACUUGGGCAUUUGCACCGGCGUUGGGGGCGUUCUGGGAAUCGGCUUUGGGGGCUCAAAGUACCUGUAACUUGGCCAAUUUGGUAUCUAUUGCAGUGACUCCUCUCGACUCUGGUUUGGCUUCGCGCAUCGGUUCAUGAGGUUCCCGAGACCCGUA